AUUAAAUACUGUAUACCUACUGUAUGCAAUAGGCUAUAUUUUCAAACGCUUUGUAUACUUAGUUGCACGACUGGCAACUAUUUUAAUUCUCUUCUCAUUAAUAUGCAAAUGUUGACUAUCGUUUUCUCAUUCAGAAAACAAACUAUUAUUAUUACUAUUAUAUUAAUAGUACGUGAGAACGUGGCUGCAGUUAAUUUUAAUACAAGCUACUUAGACAUCACAGUCUUUGAUCUUUAAAGCUUUAACCAUAAUGAAUAAAUUAACAAUUUGCUAAUCCUGCAAUGGGAUAAUUACUUACUUUUUGUCCACGAUUGUACGUUAUAUUUCCAAGCAACCAACAUUUACUUCUAUUGUACGUAAAAAUAUUACAAUUGCCCGGAAAGACGUUUCAUUACACAAUGUGUAAUGAUCUCACGCGUAAGUGGUUUUACGGUACCAGUUAAAAAAAUCAGUGCUCACAAACUUUUUAUAAAAAUAAGACUGUUUUCCAAAAACACCUUGUAUAAUAAAUUUGAUUCGCCUUGGAUGGAGGCUUGACGACAGCAUUUUUAAUGUUUUCUUAUGUAAUUAUUAAAAUUAACACUAAAUGCAACUCAUUAAUCAGCUUGUUAAAAUGGCAAUCAUCUAAACGACUCCAUUAAGUUUACCUGUUCAGUAUUAUCCUUUACCGCGAUAGUGUCCUAAUUGAAAUAGUUGUGGAAAGACUAUUACUGUUAACGCAUUAGCAGCAGUAAUUGAAGAGUAAUGAAUAUGUGGUUGCUCGUCUUUGUCACAGUUAUAUUUUUAAUAUGUACUGACUGCACAAGAAGAAAUGUGUGUCCAACUUACUUGGAUUAUUUUACAAUUAACACAAACGAAAAGUGCUGGUAUGAUGUUGCUGCUGAUUCUGACGCGCCAACUAUUAUAAGAAGUCACGGAUUUCCACUUGAGAUUCAUAGGGUACUGACACCCGAUCAAUACAUUCUUACCAUGUUUCGCAUCCCCAAUGCACACGGGAGGAAAGAGCCUAUUUUUCUUCAGCAUGGAUUUUUCCUUUCAGGAGCUUGUUUUGUUGGACUAGGAAAUCUUUCGUUAGGAUUGACUUUGGCCAAUGAGGGUUACGAUGUGUGGAUUGGUAACUUUAGAGGGACGUCUUAUUCCAAUAAACACGCGAUUUUAAAAUCUGAAGAUAUACAGUAUUGGAAUUUUAAUAGCGACCACUUGGGCUUACACGAUGUUCCUACAAUGUUGAAAUACAUAGCAAGAAAGACGGGGCAGGCAGGGCGUAUUAUUUACAUUGGUCACUCCUUAGGUACGACGACAUUUUUGGAAUAUGGUUCACGAUUUCCUGACCAAGUGAAAAAUUUGGUAAAAUUAGCGAUACUAAUGGCUCCAAACGGGGGAAUGCGGAAUACCAAGGCGUUCUUCUUCAGAAUUGGCGUCUUAUUUACCGACAUGAUAAGGCUAGUGACACACACGGAGAUGACAAAGUUAUUUACACCCAGAGGUAUACUACAAGUAAUUACAAAACUUUGCCGAGCAUCCCCGACGCUUAUGGAAUAUUGUAUACGCGUGAUAAACCUCACAACUUUGGGACCCCAGAAAGAGACUGACGCGAGCGUCGCGCCCAUCGUGUUUAACCAAUUUCCCGAGGCAUCUUCGCUAAAAGUGUAUCAACAAAUCGCGGCUGAAACCGUCGACGAUUUCCGCUCAUACGACUACGGAUCAAGAAACUUUUUUGUAUACGGUCAAUUAUUGCCGCCGAUUUACAAUGUUUCCAAAAUCGAGGUUCCUAUUUAUUUGAUCUAUUCAAAAAGAGAUUGGUGUACCACGAGCAAGGACGCCGAAAUACUGUUCGGUAGAUUGCAUCCACGGGCUAAAAUUUACGGAAGAUAUGAACUAUCUGAUUUUAAUCACAACGAUUUCCUAUACAGUAAACAUGCCAAAUCGGUUGUAUACGAUAAAAUUUUAAAUUUAAUUGAUUCUGCACGGACGCUGGAGCUAAUAGGUUCAGAUGUCAAUGAAAAGUGAAGUGCGCGCGAACGAAACGCGUCAAAAUGCGAUACAAAAUUGUAGGCAAGCAUUCAGGUUUUUGAAAAUAAGGAAUUUUUGGAAGUUCAAGGUCUGGUUACUUGCCAUGCUAAUCGACUAAACGAUGUAGUUUGUUUGUUUAAUGGAGCAUAAAUGUAACGAAUGGAAACAAGAGUUAAAUAUAUAUUACAGAAAUACAGGUUUGAAA